AUGUCGCUCCUCUCCUCCUUCCGACGAGGCGCGUCCAAGACCGCGCAUAGGCAAAACUAUUACUAUUACUAUUCCUCCUCCUCGUGCGGGGUCAAACAUAGCCAAGGCGCGGGGUUCUUUCGUCGAACGAGCGAGUUUACGACGUUUGGGAGAAACGUAAGCGAUGAAGAUCAAAGUCGUUUCCACACACGUGUCUCCUCGACAGCGACGCAAGAAGAAAAAAGGAAACAAAAUUGUAUGUCUCCUUCCUCGACUCGUUCGUUCGCGGCGGCGGCGGACUCGCACUGGAACGACCGGUUGGAGCGCGUGUUGGAACAAAAACUCUCCGCGCCGGAACCGACGUCCUCGAUUGAAUCGUGCACGAUCGAUCCGAAUAAGAAAACCAUCGUCGUGUUAGGCUCCGGGUGGGGGGCGAUUAGUUUUAUCAAAGCGUUGGAUAAAAAAGUGGCUCGAGAUAUGUUCAACGUGGUGGUGGUAUCGCCGAGGAAUUAUUUUUUGUACACGCCGUUACUUCCCGGGGUAGCCACCGGAGCGAUUGAGACGAGAUCGAUCGUGGAGAGCAUUCGGAGGCCGAUCGCGGAGAAAGGGUUCAAAUAUUACGAAGCCGCCGCGACUGGCGUGGACGCGCAGAAGAAGACGGUGUCGUUUACCAAUAGGUAUUUAACGAGCGCGACGGCGAGCAAGUGGUUACCGAAUGUCGGUGGUGGCGAUGGGGAAGGUGGGAAGCACAAGUCGCAACAUUUUGACAUCAAUUACGAUUAUCUAGUUGUCGCCGUUGGGGCGAUUCCGAACACGUUUGGCGUACCCGGGGUGGAGCAGCACUGUUUGUUUUUCAAAGAGGUGGCGCACGCGGCGCAGUUUCGGAGUCAAGUGAACGCGAGAUUUGAGAGAGCGGCGUUGCCGUCGAUGUCGGUUGGACAGAUUGAGGAUUUGUUGAGGUUUGUGGUUAUCGGCGCUGGACCGACUGGGGUAGAAUUAGCCGCGGAAUUGUACGAUUUAGUGUAUAACGACGUCGCCAAGACGUUUCCGAAGCGGCUUUUGAAACACGUGUCGAUUAACAUUGUCGAUUUACAAGACCGAUUGUUAUCGACGUACGAUAGAGAUAUUCAAAACUACGCCACGGAUUUCUUCCAAAAGGCGAACAUUAAUUGUAUUUUAAACACGCAAGUGAAAGAGGUCAAGCAGUGCGUCUUGACGGUGGCGGAUAAGAACACUGGGGAGGAGAAAGAACUGCCGUUUGGGAUGGCGGUGUGGUGUUCUGGGAUUAAGAUGAACCCUGUGUGUGAGAAAGUGAUGGAUUCGUUACCGGAAGGGUCGCAACCGAGCAGAAGAGCGUUGUUAGCGGAUAAGGCCAUGCGCGUGAAGGGAUCGGACGGGUCGAUAUAUGGGAUUGGGGAUUGCGUGACGUUGGAACCGAAAGCGUAUCCGGCGACAGCGCAGGUGGCGAAACAGGAGGGAUAUUAUUUAGCAGAGAGGUUCAAUAAAGCGGCAGAAACUGGGAAUUACGCGGUGUUAGACGAUCCGAACGCGGAGUUUGUGUACACGCACCGAGGCUCGCUGGCGUACAUUGGAAAGGACGCCGCUGUGGCGGAUAUUCCGGGCGUAACUAUUUUGAAAGGCAUCAUGGCUGGUUUGUUUUGGAAAAGCUUCGAAACGGUGAGCCAAGUGAGCGUAGGGAACAGUUUCAAAGUUGGUUUCGACAUGUUGCGAACGCGAAUAUUCGGACGCGAUAUCAGUCGUUUGAUGUAA